CUGUACACCCGUCUGAUUGAUCGCCAAUCUACCGAUAUCUCGCCUUGUCCUUCCCACCCUGUUCGAUCCUCAACGUCACUCCUCGCUUCCGGCACAUAUCUCUUUCCACGACUCCAGCUUGGUGUCGUUGAUCAGAAUACUCGGCUUGGCAUUCAUGUCAAUCUAAAUACACUUGAACCAAUCUAUUUCAGUAGAUACGCAAUGGGUAAUUCCAACGGGAAGCCCGUGGUCUUCACAGAUGAAGUGAACUUGAACCACUUUCGUCUUCUCCGCGUCGUCGGAAAAGGUGCUUUUGGUAAAGUCCGUAUCGUAGAACGCAAAGAUACUGGUCUCACAUUCGCUCUCAAAUACAUUCGUAAAGAUGAAGUUGUACGGUCUGAGAGCGUACGGAACAUAAUACGAGAGAGACGGAUGCUGGAACACCUCAAUCAUCCGUUCCUGUGUAAUUUGCGCUACAGUUUCCAGGACAUCGAGUACUUGUAUAUUGUAGUCGAUCUGAUGAAUGGCGGUGAUUUGCGAUUUCAUAUUUCACGAAAAACAUUCACUGAAGAUGCCGUACGAUUUUGGAUAGCUGAGCUUGGAUGUGCUAUUCGUUACAUUCAUAAGCAAGGCAUAGUGCAUCGCGAUAUCAAGCCUGACAAUGUACUAUUGGAUUCUGAUGGACAUGUGCAUCUGGCAGACUUCAAUGUUGCAUCCGACUUCACACCUGCCAAACCACUCACAAGCAAGUCUGGUACUCUUGCAUACCUUGCUCCAGAAGUGUACCAAGGAAAGGGCUACUCCUGCGAGGUAGAUUGGUGGUCUUUGGGUGUGCUCUUUUACGAGUGCAUAUACAAUAAGCGCCCGUUCGAAGCAUGUAACCACGAACAAUUAUCUGCCAAAAUUCAAAAGGGCGAGCCAACCUACCCGGUCACAAAUCCUCCUGUAUCCAUGCCAUGCUUGCAUGCGAUCAGCUCCUUGCUGGAGAAAGACCGCAAGAAGCGCAUAGGAGCUAUCAGCUUUGAAAGUUUUGCUGACAAUCCCUUCUUCCGGGAGUUGGACUUUGACGCUCUGGAGCGCAAAGAAUACGAACCAGUGUUUCUCCCGUCUAGCGAAAAGACUAAUUUCGACGCUACAUAUGAUCUAGAAGAGCUGCUCCUGGAGGAAGCCCCUCUAGAAGCACGCGCCCGGAGACAAAAGCCCAGAGAGCAACUCAAAGAUGAUGCCACGGCACAAGAAAUUCGAGCCGAAGAGCUGCACAAAAUGAUUGAAUCAUUAUUUGAACCUUUCAACUAUACAACCGUGGGUGCAGAUCGUGCACCAGUCGUUGUGGAAGGCAAUGGAAGCGGGAACGGCAGCGGCAACCAUAGUAACCCACCGACUCAGGUACCAUCGCCUGUGCAUGAGUAUUCUGCAUCCAAGACGUCAGAAGGCUCCGAAAGACUUCGUCCUACCUCGUCCCAUAAGGACCGCGCGCGCACGCAAAGCCCCAAUGGUUCGCCUCCAAUUCCAACACACGGCCAUCUCUCUAGUGGUUCGCCAACCUCGCAAAGAUCGACUCGAGGCAGAUCGGACUAUGCACGUGAUCGAGAAGAAAAGAGGGACUAUUUCCCGGAUAAAGCUGCAGAGAAGUCGCAACAAUUAUACUCAAGACCCAUCAAUAGACAGCGUGGCAGCACGCGUAGUACAUCAAUGGGUGGAGGAGUGCAAGUCGUCCUCAACGAGACAGGUUCAUGGUCUGAGAUGGCUAACCAGAGUAGUGCCAUGAUCUCUCCAAAGAAUGAGGCCUCGACUGAUCAACGACCGACUGGUAUGCUCGGAUUUCUCAACCGGAAAAAGGGGCGGGAACGGAGCCCCAAAGCUCGGGAGCGAGGUGUACUUGGGAAAGAGGGUGCACGAGUCAUCAUCAGCAACACUUGAGGGGAUUGUAGUUGCUGUUGCUCAGUACCUGGAACGCCAGUAAACGAUUUCCUGACAGCAUUUGCACACGAGCGGGAUCAUGCAUUCUACGAUCGAAAGAGACACGCG